ACGAAAAAAUGGUAAUUUACAGAAGGUUUCUGGUUGCUUUUGGUGAUGGACUGCCAACACUAAUGUGUGAGAUGUGUUUGGACAGUUUAAAGGGUGCUUUCCAGUUCAAAAAACAAUGUGAGAGCAUCGAUGCCAGUUUGAGAGAGUACUGCAAAAAUAUUAAAGUAAAUGCCAUCAAACAGGAACUACAAAACACUGAUUUUAUGGAUUCUUUACAUACACUAAGUAAUUUAUUGAACGACACUCAAAACAAGGAAUCAUCAAGUAAUGUAGUACCUACAGGAUCAGGUGAACAUACUGAAAUAAAACAACCUCCAGAAACAGAUUACAUACAGCUACUAGAAAAUAACCAAUUAUUGCUGACUUGCAGGGAAUGUGCUAAAAUUUUCACCACCCUAGAGGGCUUAAGGAGUCACAAGAGAACCCAUUCUGGUACUACCUUCAAAUGUAAACAAUGUGAUAAAGAAUAUACUAGGAAAAAUCAUUUGGAGCGACAUGAAGCGACUCAUGGCAAUAGGAAGGUUCACGUGUGUAAACUAUGUAACAAAACUCUUACGAGAAUGGAACAUUUGAAAAGGCAUUUAGUGACGCAUUUGAGAGAAAAACCUUUCAAUUGUAAGACAUGUAAUAGAGGUUUUAAUAGAAUUGAACACUUACAUAAUCACAUACCAAGAUGCAAAGGAGAUAUAGUAUAUUGUUGUCCGGUUUGCAACAAAGCUUUCAACAGAGCCGAUAGUUUAGAAGUGCACAAACAACAGCACGAUUCCAUACAACUUUCCUUGCCGACAAUUGAGAAUCUGGACAAUAUAGAGGAGCAUUAUUUUGAGGUGGAUUAUGACGCAACCAUAACUUUUUCGGAUGGUUCUGAUCUCGAGGACUGUUUCGAGCCCCACGUUGAAGUGACGGAAACUAUGGAAGAAGAUAAAAUUGAAGGAACGGAAGAAGAUAUGGACGGGAAUGUACAAGUUUACGAGACUAAUACGCAAGAUUCUACAGGUGAAGGUGAUAAAUAUAUUUUGGAAGCGGAUAACAAUACGGAUACCGUGGACAUAUGCGACGAUAUUGACAUGGAUGACAACGAAAACGACGAGAAACCUUUGGCAGAAUUGGUCGCUCUUGUCAAAGCCGAACAAAAAAUCGAAUAUGUUCGCGAGCCGGAUAACGACGAGGAUUACGAGCCUGACAUAAUUGACACGACAAAUGACGUUAUCGAAGGUAGAGACAGUUCACUAGACAGUUCGGAUGAAGAAUACGUGCCCCUUAAGCCUAAGCAACCUUCUCCAAAUGGUAAAAAAAGAGGUAGACCCAGAAAACACCCGCCUAAAGUUAGAGUGCCCGGUAGAAGAGGUAGACCUCCAGGCUCCACAGGUAAGAAGAAAGUUCACAAGGAAAAGGAAGAUGAAGAAGAGAUUGGAGAAUAUAUCUGUCCGCUUUGCAAUGAAUUUUACGAUAGAAUUAGUUUGCUGGAUAAGCACGCGCGAGAAGUCCAUCCAGGCCUAAAGGUCCACAAGUGUGGCGUUUGCGGUAAAGACUUCAACCGGCCGAACCACCUGAAACGUCACAUGACCUCGCACUCGGCGGACAAGCCGUACAGUUGCGACAUCUGUACGCGCAGUUUCAGCCGCAGGGACCACCUGCACCAACACCAAAAACUGCACACUCAGAGCGGGGAUCACCCGUGCGAGAUAUGCGAGAAGCCGUUUAACCGGGCCGACCAGCUGGCCAAGCACAAAGCGGCCAAGCAUGGAAUUGGGGAUAAGGUGUCGCUGAUGGGCGAGAAAAAGUUCAUCUGCGACCUGUGCCAAAAAGGUUUCACCACGGAGAAGUACCGCGACGUGCACAUGAAAGCGCACAACGGCGAAAAAAUCUACCGGUGCAAGGUGUGCGAAAAGUCGUUCCUGUCCAAGUCCCAUCUCACCGAACACAUGAAAUUCCACAACGAACAUUCCAAGAAGUUCCUCUGCUCCGAGUGCGGCCAGAGGUUUAUUAGAAACGAUUAUUUGGUGAUUCACAUGAGGAGGCAUAGGGGGGAGAAGCCGUUCAAGUGUAAAUUUUGUGGAAAAGGAUUUCCUAGAACAACUGAUCUCACUGUUCAUGAGAGGUAUCACACUGGAGAAAAAACACAUUUGUGUACAAUCUGUGGUCGUGGAUUUGGAAGGGCUUACAAUUUGACAGUGCACAUGAGAACGCACACGGGAGAAAAACCAUACCAAUGUACUUAUUGCGACGCUGCGUUUGCGCAGGGCAACGAUCUCAAGGCCCACAUCAGGCGACAUACAGGCGAAAGGUUCCAAUGUGACCUGUGUUCAGAAAGCUUUUUGAUGGGUUACCUUCUAACACAACACAAAAGAACGAUACACGGUCUGAACGUGGUCAGCAACAUCAGGCGACUACAGCCCGUCAACAAAACAGAAAACCCCGACGACCCUCCGCCUAUCACCAUUCCCUUGCCGAAGCCGGUCGUACCCGACAACAUCAUGUUCAACCACCUGCUGCAGCCGAUUCACAAGCAGGAAAAGAUGGACGACCAAAUGGAGGAGCCGGGAGCGGCCAUUGCCUUGCCCUUGUCCAAACCUAUGGUGCCGGAGAAUUUCCUACAUUCGAUCAACACGCUGCAGGCGCAACUGUCCUUCAGUCAGAUGCACUUCAGUACUAGUCAGAGGCCGGCCGUUUAAAAACUUGUCCAUAACGUGGAACUUCAAAAAAAAGCACACCAAAAUAUGGGGACUACUGUCAAUCACCGAAAACAGUUACUGUAUUAUAGUUUAUAUUGUGACAUAAAAAGUUGACCUGUUUAAUAAAGAUUUUAUUUAAUUUCAUAUUCCUAUCAAACUGUAAAUAAAUAGAACAUAGUAAUUCAGGGAUUGAUGUAAGAAGUUUUAGUAAAAAUUGUAACUAUUGACAGUAUAUAAAUAUUCAAAAGAAUUUAAAUUUUUAAGUUAAAUCUAUGAUAUUUAAAAAAUCAUGCAUAUUAAAGAGUAAAAAGUUGGGUUAAUAUGUUACUUCUGUGCAGUAUUGUCAGAUUGUGUAAGCUGAAGGUCACUUAUGAAAGAACCGACAACCCUGCACAGAAGUUAACGCCGUGGCCGUUACUAGGCAACCAAAACAAAAAAUAUGUAUAUUAUAAUGCUGUUGAUGGUUACUACUUUCAUAAAAAUAUUGCAAAACUUAUUUUUUUUUAUUUCAAACUCUACCUAAUACAAUUUAAAUACCGAUGGGUCUAAUCUAAGUAGUUUUUUAUAUACAAGCCUUGUACAUAGAUAUAUUUUUUGUAGAUAAUGUGGAGCUUAUCUGUAGAAACUAAAUAAUUCAACCCAAGUUUUGAUUUCCUUUCUGAUAGAACAGGAAAACACGUUCUCACUUGAGUCUUUCAUUUCUUUUGUGACAUGUCCAGAGUAUAUGUCUUAAUUUAUUUUAAAAAAUAUAUUAAUAUAUAUUGACGUUUUCUUUGUUGAAAUAGUACCAUAAAUGAUUGUAAAUAGUAUAUAUAAAAAUAAUCGAUCCUAAGUACAUAUACAUUUUUUAAUGAAUUGUAAUUAUUUUUGUUAAUUUAAAAUAAAAGGAAUUCGAAUUUUUGUUAAUAUUUCUUAAUGUGGGGUUUUCAAUGUAUUUAUUUUUUUAUAUAUAAAUUUAUAUAGGGUGUUUCUAAUUUAUUUGACUAAAACGCGCAACACUUUUUUUGAGUCAUUAAUUUAAAUUUCACAAUAUAUUAUUAUGGUUAAGUCUGCCCAGUUAGGAGCACCCUAUAUACUAAAUAUUUUUCACUCUUCAAAUUGAUCAUCCUAUGUGGUAUUUUUGUGAAAACGAACAAUUUAAUAUUAAACCAGUGGCGUACAACUACACAUUCACAAUUUGUAAAUAGUUUUGUAGGUAAAUAAACAAUAUUGAAAACAG